AUGGCUUCCAUCUUUACCUACCAGGAUGAGCCUCCUCGAAUACAUUCUCCUUGGUCCACUCCAGGAACUUCUACUCCUCAGCCACUUCCUCACUCGCGUGAACAUCUUUACAGUGGCGGGAACUAUGUCACGCAUGCCCUCAUGAAGCUGGAGCCAGAACGCCAGGACGGUCCUACAGAGUACAAACUUCACCUCCUCCUUCGUCCUCGGCGGAAAUUCCUCUCCACGACUACCUCAUCCUCCAUCCCUGGGUCACAGCACUAUACGCCCAUAGUCCAAGCCGCCAUUGAAUCGAGUCGCUCCCUGGGUGACUCUCUGUUCGAUCGUCCGCUAUCACAGCCUUCGGCACAGACUCGUCAGACCAGACUACAACAAUUGACCACACAACUCUUAUGGAGACUACAACAGUCUUCGCCCUUCCAUUCUUCAUCAAACGCGGACCUGGUUCUGCCGCUGCUUCCUGAAGCGACUCCGAGAUUGGGAGUUCCAGAACGUCCAGCAAAGCUGCUGCCAGGUCUCGAAGAAAGCCAGGGCGCCCUCUAUGAAAUCGGUGUGGCCGAUGAUGGCAUGCUAGCAGGCUUAGUCGAAGAUGAGUUACAAGAGAGUCUAACCAAUUUGAAAGCCAUGGCCGCAAGCCUCGGCUGUACCACCAAUAUACUGCGGAAAGUUCCAGUCGGAGCGUGCGAGUGGUUUGACAGUGAUAGUGAAACCGGCCACACAGAAACGCGCAAAGACGUGCUCUGGGUUGCUGAAGUCCUGGUUUACCCAGACACACGAGGCUCAGCCGAUGCCGAUAUCCCAAGAACAACCCUUGAUACGUCAGUCGAUUCCUCUCAACCGGAGGAUGUGUCAGACUUGGUCGACCACGCUUCGACUGAUCAAUUUCGAGUGACACUGGUUGGAGCUACAGCUGCUGGAAAGUCAUCUUUGUUGGGGACCUUGUCAACCUCUACUUUAGACAAUGGACGGGGCAAAAGCCGGCUGUCGCUCCUUAAACAUCGACAUGAGAUCGCUUCGGGGAUCACUAGUUCUGUUGCACAUGAACUAGUAGGCUACUCGGAGACUCGACACUCUCAAGCUGCUGUUGUCAACUAUGCCUCAGGUAAUGUUUCCUCUUGGCUAGACAUCCACAAUCUGGCUAAGCGUCUUGUCUUGCUCUCCGAUUCGCCUGGUCUUCCAAAAUUCUCGAAGUCUGCUUUCCGAAGUCUGAUAUCCUGGAGGCCUUCUUGGACCAUUUUAUGCGUCGCAGCUGAUGACAGUAGCGAGGCAACAAACCGAACGGCUGCAACGAGUCCUCAAGGAUAUAGUAAUAGCGGAAACGCCGAGAGUUGGGACCUCUCACUCUCGUAUCUGGAUUUGUGUUUGCGAUUAAAGCUGCCAUUGGUGGUGACCAUCACGAAAAUGGACAUUGCGACCAAGGCAGGACUACGACUUGUUCUUGCAAAAAUCCUCUCCGCUCUCAAGUCCGCCGGUAGGAAACCUGUUAUGCUGAGCAACGUGCCAGGCCCCCCGCCUGCUUCAGAACAAGGAGUCGCUCUCCCAGGACUCCAAGUCAUAUACGAAAGGGAUCAGGUAGAGGUUGAGCGCCUUGUUGGAUCGAUGCGAAAUGAUGCCGAGCAGAGUACCGUCCCAAUUCUAAUGACUUCCGCUGUUACAGGGGUUGGAAUAAGCAAAUUGCAUGCAUUACUUCGAAGCAUGCCCGCCACGUGUAGGCCAAAGCAACCUCCCUGGCGUGCACAUGCUACGAAUCCUGCUCUUUUCCAUAUCGAUGAGGUCUUCAGUAUCCCUCCAUCCCGCGUUUUUACCUUGGAUACCGAAAAUAAAAUUGCAAAACAGGGGAUAGUGCUUUGUGGACAUCUCUCUUGUGGUAUCCUGUCUGUUGGCGAUACCAUGCUUCUGGGGCCUUUCAAUCUGGACUCCGACGGUUUAUCCACCAAUACCUCUCAGUCCGCGUUGAGCGCCAGCUCCUAUGCUGCUGGGAGAGACGCCACAGCACUCGAAUCAAAGAUACCAGCCUUGGGCGACAUUUCUCCAGGCACGAUUGGCGUCGAACUCCUGAACGAUGAGCACGCCACCAUCGCGCUCAGCAGGGCUCGCAAGGGUAUGGUUCUGGCCGAUGUCACCCACAAUCUGGCCGGCUAUCGUUCGUUCUCCGCGAGGUUCCCUACCUCAGACUUUGCACAGACAACUUCACCAGUCCUGAUUUUAGGGGGGCAUGCAAUCGUGUACAUCAACAGUAUUCGUGCUGCUGUCAAAGUGACGGCAGUCGCGCUUGAUGAGGACGAGCAGUUUAGGACGAGGGCCGUUGCGACGUCUUCUCGGGACGACUCGGAGCUUUUUCGCUUUGACAUUGGCGAUGAUGAUGAUGAUAACGAUGCUGCUGUCGAGGUAUGUGGAGAUGGCGACGGCAACGGCGACGGCAGCAAGCCCAACGAGGAGAGGAGAGAAAUCAGGGUAUCUUUCCGUUUCGUCAGCACGGUCGAGUGGAUGGAAGUGGGCGACCAGGUCCUCGUUGUCCCUACCAUGACUGCGACCGGGCCGGUGACGGGUCCAGCACCGGCUUCGAACCUGGGCGGCCUGGCUGGAUUUGUCGGAACAGUAUGUGAGGUAUUUAGUUGA